GUUUAACAAAUCGUGUAGAGAGUGUGACACACACUCACACUCACCGGUGCAGCAGGACGGAACGGACGAGCAGGAGUAAGAUACGGGAGAAGAAGAAAAUCCCCGGGAAGCGUUCACGACCAUUUUUAUAUUCAUCGCCGCCGUCGUCGUUAAUCGUUGAGCCGCUGAUCCAGCAACAGCAAAUCUGUGACAACAUGGACCAAACACAGACCAUCAACUUCGGAGCUGGACCUGCAAAAAUCCCACAAUCCGUGCUGUUAAAAGCACAACAGGAGUUUCUCAACUUCUCCACCUCUGGCAUCAGCGUUCUGGAGAUGAGCCACCGAGCAUCAGAUUUCAUCCAAAUUAUCAACAGAACAGAGAGUGUCCUGCGAGAGCUGCUAAACAUUCCAGCCAACUAUAAGGUGUUGUUCCUGCAGGGUGGCGGUUCGGGACAGUUCAGUGCCAUUCCUCUGAACCUGAUUGGCCUCAAAAAAGACAUGUGUGCUGAUUACGUGGUGACCGGCACGUGGUCGGAGAAGGCUGCGAAAGAAGCUGAGAAAUAUGGCAAAAUCAACAUCGUCCACCCAAAGAUGGACAGUUACACAAAAAUCCCUGAUCCCAGCAGCUGGACCUUGAAUCCUGCGGCGUCGUACGUUUAUUACUGCAACAAUGAAACAAUCCACGGUGUGGAAUUCAACUUUAUACCUGAAACAAACAGCGUGGUUCUUGUUUGUGACAUGUCGUCCAAUUUUCUGUCCCGACCUAUAGACGUGUCAAAAUUUGGGCUGAUCUACGCCGGUGCUCAGAAGAAUGUGGGCUGCGCUGGGGUCACUGUGGUCAUCGUGCGGGAGGACUUGUUGGGUCACACUCUGAAGGAGUGUCCUAUCAUCCUGGACUACAAGACUCAGGCUGAACUGAACUCCAUGUACAACACUCCGCCAUGUUACAGCAUCUACAUCAUGGGUCUUGUGUUGGAGUGGAUAAAAAGCAAUGGUGGCGGCGCUGCCAUGGAGUCACUCAACCAACAGAAGUCCUUGUUGAUUUAUGACGUCAUCAAUUCUUCCAACGGUUUUUAUGUGUGUCCAGUGGAGGAGACCUGCCGAAGCCGCAUGAACAUACCAUUCCGUAUCAGAAGCAAAGAAGGCGACGCAACCUUGGAAAAAGAGUUUCUCGAGGGAGCAUCCAAAAAGGGGAUGAUUUCACUGAAAGGUCACAGGUCAGUUGGAGGAAUUCGUGCAUCUCUGUACAACGCUGUAACGCUGCAGGACACCGAGGCUCUGGCGACCUACAUGAAAGAGUUUCUCCGUCAGCACCAGUAACGAAAAGGCCCUCAUGUCGCCGUCAUGAUAUGGGAUCGGUGUCGGACGUUUACCUGUAGAUAGAAUCCAUGUUGGAUUUUUAUGAUGCACCUUCUCAGAUGCCUUUUUUCCCCCUAAAGUGUACUUCUUUUCCGUAGUAACACUAAACCACUACAUUGCCAAUAAUGUCAACGUCCUCAAAUCUUAACAUGUAUGUAAUGAUUCACUGUACUCUGAUAUAGAAAUGACGCUUAAUCCUUGUCAGGUGUUUAAAAAUAAAAUAGGAUUCUGGAACACUA